CCAACCCGGUUUAGCUUAGAGAGAAGAUGGAAAGUGAGGAGUGAGGAAACAACCAAUCUUUUUCUAUAUAAACAGAGCUUUUUACUUCGUCUCUGUUCAUCUAUAGCAGCAAGGUUCUUCAUACUGUUCAUUCAUUGGCUAACCUAAGGCCUCUCUCUCUCUCUACACCUAUUCGUUAACACAAGCGAAAUGUCUCUUCCUCUCUCUUAUUCUCGGGUCCUAGCCACAUUUCUGGUUCUCCCUUUGCUUCUUUCCAAUGGCUUCUCCUCCCCGUCGUCUUCUUCUUCUCUUCGUAGCCUCCACCAGCGUCACCACCUCGACAACCACAACUACAAAGACGCUCUUACCAAGUCCAUUCUCUUCUUCGAAGGUCAGAGAUCCGGAAAGCUUCCUCCAAACCAGAGGAUGACUUGGAGGAGUAACUCUGGCCUCUCUGAUGGCUCUGCCCUCAACGUGGACUUGGUGGGAGGAUAUUAUGAUGCAGGAGACAACAUGAAGUUUGGCUUUCCAAUGGCAUUCACUACAACAAUGCUCUCAUGGAGUUUAAUUGAGUUUGGUGGUCUUAUGAACUCUGAGUUACCAAACGCUAAAGACGCAGUUCGUUGGGGCACUGACUUUCUCCUCAAAGCCACUUCACACCCUGACACCAUUUAUGUUCAGGUUGGUGAUCCUAACAUGGACCAUGCUUGUUGGGAGAGACCAGAAGACAUGGAUACACCAAGAAGUGUGUUUAAAGUAGACAAGAAAAAUCCUGGUUCUGACAUCGCCGGUGAAAUAGCUGCCGCUCUUGCAGCUGCUUCGAUUGUUUUCCUGAAAUGUGAUCCUUCUUAUUCCAAUCUCCUCCUCCAACGUGCCAUUACGGUUUUUGCAUUUGCGGACAAGUACAGAGGACCCUACAGUGCAGGUCUAAAGCCAGAAGUCUGUCCAUUCUAUUGUUCUUACUCUGGAUAUCAGGAUGAGUUGUUAUGGGGAGCUGCUUGGUUACACAAAGCAACAAGUAACCCAACAUAUCUCAGCUACGUCCAAGAAAAUGGGAGAAACCUUGGAGCUGAUGAGUUUGAUAACAUGUUUAGCUGGGAUAAUAAGCAUGUUGGUGCCAGAAUUCUUCUCUCCAAGGAGUUUCUGAUUCAGAAAGUGAAAGCACUUGAAGAGUACAAAGAGCAUGCUGAUAGUUUCAUUUGUUCUGUUAUACCUGGAGCUCCAUUUUCAUCUUCCCAAUACACCCCAGGUGGGCUGCUAUUCAAGAUGGGUGAGAGCAACAUGCAAUACGUGACGUCAACAUCGUUCUUGCUCUUGACCUACGCCAAAUACUUGACAUCUGCUCGUACCGUCGCUUACUGUGGUGGCUCCGUCGUCACCCCCGCCGGCCUCCGCACCAUCGCCAAGAAUCAGGUGGACUAUUUACUUGGGGACAAUCCACUGAAAAUGUCAUACAUGGUUGGUCAUGGUCCGAAAUAUCCACGUCGGAUACACCACCGUGGCUCAUCCCUCCCCUCCGUUGCAGCCCACCCAACCAAGAUCCAAUGCCACGAUGGCUUUUCUAUGUUUAACUCUCAAGCUCCUAAUCCCAACGAUCUAACCGGUGCAGUCGUCGGUGGUCCGGACCAGAACGACCAGUUCCCUGAUGAACGCUCCGACUACCAGCGGUCCGAGCCAGCCACUUACAUUAAUGCUCCACUUGUUGGAGCUUUGGCAUAUCUCGCUCGCUCCUUUGGCCAAGUCUAGUUAAGCUUCAUCCUAAUCAGUUAACCGUUGUUUUUAUUUACCUUUAGAAUUAAGGAUGUUAUCUAAA